UUUCACGCGGGUGUCUUCAGCUGGGCCUGGGAAGUUCGGAGUUGGUUUACCCAAAGUUAGCCAGAACUGUCCCGGUUCCGUCGGCAAGAUGGUGAAGCCCAAGUACAAAGGACGGAGCACCAUCAACCCCUCCAACGCCAGCACAAACCCGGAUCGAGUAGAGGGAGCAGGAGGUCAGAACAUGAGGGACCGGGCCACAAUUCGUCGCCUGAAUAUGUACAGGCAAAAGGAGCGCAGGAACAGUCGUGGUAAAGUGAUUAAGCCUCUGCAGUAUCAGUCAACAGUAGCUUCUGGCACAGUGGCACGAGUAGAGCCAAAUAUUAAAUGGUUUGGAAACACACGUGUGAUUAAGCAGUCAUCAUUACAAAAAUUUCAAGAGGAAAUGGAUAAAGUUAUGAAAGAUCCAUAUAAAGUUGUCAUGAAGCAAAGCAAGUUACCAAUGUCUCUUCUCCAUGAUCGAAUCCAGCCUCAUAACUCAAAGGUGCAUAUUCUUGAUACUGAAAGUUUUGAAACUACAUUUGGCCCUAAGUCACAGAGAAAGCGACCAAAUUUAUCUACAAACGAUAUGCAGUCUCUUAUAGAAAAUGCUGAAAUGUCCACUGAGAACUAUGACCAGGGAAAGGACCGUGAUUUGGUAACUGAGGACACCGGUGUGAGAAAUGAAGCCCAAGAAGAAAUAUAUAAAAAGGGACAGUCCAAAAGAAUAUGGGGUGAGCUCUACAAGGUAAUAGACUCAUCAGAUGUUGUAGUUCAAGUUCUUGAUGCUAGAGAUCCAGUGGGUACCCGUUCCCCUCACAUUGAGGCUUACUUGAAAAAGGAAAAACCCUGGAAACAUCUCAUUUUUGUACUCAACAAAUGUGACCUUGUUCCAACAUGGGCAACAAAACGAUGGGUUGCUGUUCUCUCACAGGACUAUCCAACACUUGCUUUCCAUGCAAGUCUUACUAACCCAUUUGGCAAAGGAGCAUUCAUUCAGCUUCUGCGGCAGUUUGGGAAGUUGCACACUGACAAGAAACAGAUCAGUGUCGGGUUCAUCGGCUAUCCAAAUGUAGGCAAGAGCUCUGUGAUAAACACAUUGCGUUCUAAGAAAGUUUGCAAUGUGGCCCCCAUUGCAGGUGAAACAAAGGUAUGGCAGUAUAUUACCUUGAUGCGUCGGAUAUUCCUGAUUGACUGUCCAGGUGUGGUUUAUCCCUCUGAGGACUCAGAGACAGAUAUUGUCCUGAAAGGAGUUGUUCAAGUUGAAAAAAUUAAGAGUCCUGAAGACCAUAUUGGUGCUGUCCUUGAACGAGCAAAGCCAGAAUAUAUCAGCAAGACAUACAAGAUUGAUUCUUGGGAGAAUGCUGAGGACUUUCUUGAGAAGCUAGCUUUCCGAACUGGGAAGUUAUUAAAGGGUGGAGAACCCGACUUGCAGACUGUGGGUAAGAUGGUUCUCAAUGACUGGCAGAGGGGCCGGAUUCCCUUUUUUGUCAAACCGCCCAAUGCAGAGCCACCGAUGGCCCCUCAGCUUCCACCCUCCUCAUCUUUGGAAGUUGCCACAGAAACAACCCAGAACAAUCCAGAAGAAGAAUCUUCAGAAACCAUAUGUGAAAGGGUAGAAUCUGUCAUUGAGAAAGAAAAAGAGGACAGUCCCUGUGAUGCUAACUCAGAGAUGCAGCAGAUCCUCGCUCGGGUUCGCCAGAAUUUCGGCAAAAUCAAUGUUGUGCCUCAGUUUUCUGGGGAUGACCUGGUUCCUGUGGAGAUGUCAGACAUGGAAGAAGAGCUAGAGAGCUUUUCUGCAGAUGAGGAGGAGCAGGAGCCACCAGAAGAUGAGGAGGAAGAAGAGUCUUACAAAGACUCUCAGGAAGAACCAGUGGGAAACGACACCAAAGCAGUGAUUAGAGCUCUGGAUGAAAAGAUUGCCAAAUACCAGAAGUUUUUAAAUAAAGCCAAAGCUAAAAAGUUUUCAGCAGUCAGAAUAUCCAAGGGGUUGAGUGAGAAGGUUUUUGCAAAAUUUGAAGAACAAAGAAAAACAUCUGGGGAACAAAGAAAAACAUUAGAAGAAGAUAUAAAUGAUACAGGUGAAGAUAAAUUAUUUAAGUCAUUAGCACGUACCAGAAAGGGACGGAAGCGGAAGGCACAGAGAGAGGAGGAACAUUCGAAUAAAACUCAAAGGAUGCUGACAUCAAAGGAACGGAGGAGAGCAGUGCGGCAGCAACAAUCCAAAAAAGUUGGUGUGCGCUACUAUGAAACACACAAUGUGAAAAAUAGAAACAGGAACAAAAAGAAGACUAAUGACUCAGAGGGACAGACACACACACACAAAAAAUUCAGACAUAAGCAGUAACAUCUAAAAAGUUGUUUAUUAAAUUAUACAAAAAUAUACAAUUAGAAAUUGUGCUCAUUUUCUUCAUGUCUAGUUGACAUUUCUAAGGCUGUAAUACACUUGCUCUGAGGGUUCCCGUUUGAAGCCAUUCACCAAUGUAGUGAAAAUAAAGCCCCUCAGCUCUUAUUCCUCCAUCCACUCCAUUGGCACUUGGAUGGGACUUCAGUUCCUCCAAAAUCUGACCCUGUUGUGUGUCUACAGAAAUAGUAGGUAAGGUCUACAGAAGCAUGCAGAUUAGUGUUUCUUUUGUACUGGUAAGGAGUAACUUGGGAUAAAAGCAUACAAAUCUUGUGAGAAAAGUAUUUUAAUAAUGAUAGUAUACAGGUCUGGGCUUUAAAAUAUGAGGGAAAAGCUCUAGUGACUUCUGUCUCAAUUCACUGAGUUUGUUAAAUGAGCCCAUUAGGAUAUGCAUGCAUUACUAUUGAAGAGUCAUGGAACCAGCAGAUCUCAAGGAAGAAUUCUUUCCCAGGAAGAUGUCAACAGGAGCAAGCCACCUUAGUGAAGACUUAAGGAUACUGGAUGAGGGUCAAAGCUGUGACUUCCAGUUUGAGGUUAGAGUACUGGGGUGUGUUUGACUCAGAACACAGCUUUUCUUAUGAGUUCUUCCAGUGAUCCCUAGAACCCUGACCAGGACAGAUGUCAGAACAAAGUUCUGCCAAGGAAUGAGUCCCUUCUUGCACCUCUUUGGGGGAACGUGAGCACUUGUCAUUCCAGCUGAGUGGAUAUGCCUCCAACUAGUGCCUUCUUACAAACGGUACUUGUGAAACUUGACUGAAUGGUGGACAUCCAGCUUGCUGCCCUAGCCCACCCUGGCUGCCCUGAAUAAAGAUUUAUA